AUUUGAUAUUUGCAUGAAAAAAACAAAAAACAAUAUACAGCAUGGUUCUAGACGAUAGUAUUUAUGCUACAGUUAUUGAUGCAAAUGAAAUACAGCCAGGAAAUACAAGAACAGACAGAGAGAUAUCAGAAGAUGAAAAAAGGAAAAACGUACCAGACAAUAUUUCAAAUUCUCCUGGUGAAGUAACUGGUAGAAAUCUCUUACAAUCAUGUGCAAGCACAUCGAAACAUUUAGAUUACGAAAGUGAAUCAGAUGACGAAACAUAUUUCGAUUGCAAGGAUGAGACGCCUGUGAAUACGGUAGAUAAAUAUACUGAAUUGACAAAAGAAUCAGACGAAAAUGAAAAUGAACUGGUGUUUUACAAAAGAAAAGUUUCCACGUUGAAAGGUGACGAUGAUAUACAUGAACAAGAUCACAAUUCUGACAGCGAUUUUUUAUAUGAAAUAGACAGCAAUACGGAAUUAAUCAAAGAACAAAAUGAAGAUAUUAACAGUUCAGAUAUAAUUUGUCUAGAAUCUACCACCACAGAACAUCUAAAUGAUGAAGUACAAAGAAGUAAAGGUACAGACGCUGACAAAUACGACACAAUAUUUGAUCUGCAACAUUUUGAGACAAGACAUAUCUCUGUUGGAUAUGUCCUUGACGUAACAGACCUAGAAACGUCAGGAAAAUCUAACCCUUCUAAAUAUUAUACCGACACAAAGGCGAAUAAUGAAAUCCACGCAGAGUACAGCAAAGACAAUACUGUUGAUAUACAAGAAAAAGAACACGGUUCUGAUUUUAGUUGCAUGGUUGCUAAAAAAGCUGUUGAUGAUUAUCCAAAAAAAAAAGAGGCUGAAAAUGCAGUAGAUGAAAAUCAAGAAAAAAAGCCUGAUAUAUAUUGUGAAAAUGCAGUCAGCGAAAGUGAAGGGAAAGAUAAUGGACAUGUUGAUAAUAAUGCGGCUUAUAAAAUCCGACGAAAGGCUGCGAAUAUUUUUAAAGAAAGUUGUGAAAAUCUAGUGGAAGAAGAUACUAUUGUUUGUGAAAUACACGUUGUAAUUCAAGAUGAUAAUUAUGAUUGUGAAAUGGUCGUUGGUGGAAUUCUACCUGAAGCUGAUGCUAUUGUUGGUAAACGAGAAGAUGUUGAGAUAUCCGAAAAUGAUGAUGAAAUGGAUUGUGAAAGUGGAGUGGUUACGGAAAAGAGCUUUUAUAAGGAAAUUGUUGGUGAAAUGUCCGCUGAUGGUAUAAACACAUUAGAAGAAGAAAUUUAUGAUAAAAAGAAAGUUGGAGAAACACAAAAUAUUGAAUUCGAAGACAAACAUGGUGAUAUGGAUAGUAUAAAGGAAGUUUGCGACUUUAAUAAACUAUACGAAGAUAUAAUUGGUAGAAUACAAGGAUUUACAGAUGAUAUUGAUGUUAAAGAGGUUGAUAGCAAGAUCGUAAAUAUAAAAGAAGGCGAAGAGGUCAAAGGUGAAAAUGUAGGCGAAAAUGCAGCUUCCAAUUGUAAACAAGCAGUUGCUAAAAUCCUUGAAACAAAUGCUGAUACUUAUGAUAAAAAGGUUAUGGAAGGUAUUAGUAACAAGAAAGAUUGCAUCGUUUUUCAAAAAGCAAUGAAUGAGAUUAGAGCAGCCAAUGAUAAAAACGAAAAGGGAUCAAAUCAAUAUGACAACGACAAGGAGGACGUUUUUUCCAAAGACAAAAAGAUAAAAGGUAUAAAAGAGAUGACGCUAAAAAGUACGAUUUGUUUAAAGGGUAAGCUUUGA